AUGCUCAUAGAGCAGGUAAACGAGCUCAAACGGAAACGUCACAAUGCACGAGCGCUAUCUCGAACGGUGGAUGCUCGUUAUCUCUUCGAGGAUAGGGAUCAUCCUAACAAGGAGUUUAUGACCAUUGCGACGGACGAUGUGCCCGAUGCGACAAGUAUUCUGAAGAGUCAUCAAGUCGCAGGCGAUGACGGCUUCCGUCUUUCGCCUAUACCCCCAGACCUGCCUCUACCGUCUCUCCCAUCUGGUAUUUUCCCUGCGCUCACUGAAGAGAGCGAUGAUGAUGAUGGCGCUAGCAAGGCGCUGCUCCAAAGAUCUGGUAAUCCACAUUCUCGUCGGUCUAUCCCGGUUAUCCCAAUCGCGUCGAACAUCCAUCGAAUGCACAGUAACUCUUCCUUACUGAGCUCCCACGACAUGGAUCCAGUCUCUCGUUCGCUGCCUAGAGCUCUUAUGGAUGUUCAUAUGGUGAACUUCUCGUCGUCGCCGAAUGUACAGGGAUACCCUUAUACUUCUCGAGAGCGAUUUGGAGAUAUGAUCUCUAGUUCUCUGGGCGCACACGAAGGAGGACUUGGGUUACGCAUCGCUGGGAUGGGCCGUCCAUCUGACGGUCCAGAGCCUGAUGAUCAGGACAAGCAACGUGAGCGAUUGCGCGCGGAGCUCCGGCGAGUACUCGAAGAUCCUCCGCCAACGACCAUCGUACGUCGGAACACUGUCUCGGAACCCGAGCACGUCCGAAGGACAUCUGCUACUGCGUCGUCUGUUUUCACGCGAAACCCCUCCCCUGAUUCGACUAGUCCUCCCUCUAGUUGUGCCUCUGCAGUAGCAGUUCCUUCCUCCUCCGGUGCCCCACUACCGGUGAGUACAGCCCAGCAUCAGCCGGUCUCGCGUGCUAGUACAGCGGCGAUGGCCGCCGAAAGGGCGCGGGCAUCAGCGGCGAGCAGUACGAGUACAUCACCAACGUCGGCGAUGGCAAGCAGGGAACGUGACGUUACUCAGCCUCAGCCCCAGUCUUAUUCACAGACAAGGCCUUCCAAUCCUCGCCGGGUGUCUACAGACGGCACGAAGGCUAAAACCCUGACUACCACAACUGCUACGGCAUCGAACCUUACAAGGACCAUAUGGGCGAUGCAGGAGGCGCAGCGGAUAACCCAACAGGAGGUUCAGCGGGUGUCGUGA